AUGGCGACAUUCUCGCCCGAACCAUUUUCACAAAUACUGGAAGCGAUUUCCAGCGGCGGUAAAAACGGUUCUUUUACACAAUGCACGUCGCGCUUUACAGGACAAUGGGAUCCAGUAGCGGUAGAGGAAUUUGUUGCUGCUAUAACAGUCUUCAAAGACAUCGAGAAAAUUCCUGAUGCUGAUGCGCUACGCGGUAUGCCACUUUUACUCGAGGAUUAUGCAGCGACUUGGUGGAUAGGUGUGAAAGAAUCCGUGUCAACAUUCACCGACGCCAUAGAGUUAAAACGAGCGACAUUUUCUCCUCCAACGCCUGAUUGGAAAACUUAA